GUUCAUUUGCAUUGAGGCUCAGCCGCAUACAAACUGUGCAGCCAUCACUGUUGCAUAGGAGUUUAGGGCCUCGACUUGUCAGCUUUGGCUCGUUCUGGCCGCACAGCAAUUCUAGGUCUUGCUUGAAUCUAUUUUUAUUGAUUACGUGGCUUAAGAGGCCCUUGACGGUGGCAGGGCGUGCACACAAACUGGCCCUGCGUUGGCGGACCUUAUGCAUUUGACGCUGCCACACGGCAUAAGAAGCGCUAGCUUUCUCGCAUCCUCAGGCUUUCUGCGAGCGAGCGGCGGCACCGCGCUCUUGCUCAGCGACCUGCUCGGCACGCAGCCGCAGGCCAUCGCCAUACGCAGCCAGGAGCUCCCGGUGGCCAGCACGAGCCGACCGGAGGACAGCGCGCGCCUGGGGCCUUCUGUUGACGUCAUACGCACAUCGCUGCUCGGCGUGGGCGCCCCGUUGGGCGGCCGGCUCCCGGCAGUGGCAAUUAGCAUGACCACCCUGCGGCCUGCGCCGGCGAUGCAGGGCGGCAAGAAACGGUCGCAGCAACAACAACAACAACAACAACAACAGCAGCCGCAUCAGCAACCGGCUCAGGAGAAAGGCCACACUUCGCAGGAGCAACAGCAGCAGCAUUAUAGGAUGGAGCACGGCGUCAGCCCCACCAGCUCGGAACUGAGCGAGUGCCCAGCCAGCGGCGGCGCCCUGGCCGCGACGGCGGCGGCGGCCGCUGCCAGAGCCGCCGCCUCCUCACGGGCCUCCUGCUCCUAUGAGACAGACCUUCGCGACGUUCCGCAUCAACUGCACCUGCUGCGGCGGCGGGCGGGCGUCGCAGCCCCGGAAGCAGUAGCCACAGCAGGGGCUGCGACAGCCCCAGUGUGCGGGUCCAAGCGCAAGCUGCUACAGCUGCAGCUGCAGCAGCAGCAGCCGCAUGCGCAUGCGCAUGCGCGGGCAGGACAUUUGUUUGCGGACGCGGAUGACGAACGGCGCUUCUUCGGGCUUCCACCGGCUGCUGAGGCUGCUGCUGGUCUUGAUGUCGGAUGCAAUAGCCGAGGCGGCCAUGCGGCGGCGGAGGGAUGCGGCGGCGGGGAAGAGAGCGGCGCCGCCGGAGCGGCCACGCCAAACGGCGGUGCCGCCGCCGUCUGGGGUGGCCUGGUGGCAACGCCAGCGGCAGCGGCAGCGGCGGGUCAGGCAACUGCAGGCGUGACGGCGGCAGCAGCUGCGGCGGCAGUGGCCGCCGCGAAGAGCGCUAAGCGGCGCGCGGCGGAGGCUCUCCUUGCUCAGCGCUUCGGCGGCGGCGGCGGAGGCGCCGCCGCUGGUGCCACCGUAGCCGCCGCCGCUGGGACGCAGGCGACCACGGCAAUGCGUUGUGCCCACAGCUCCUCUCUGCUGCUCGGCAGCAGCGGCGCGGGCGGUGGGUCAGAGGACACGAGCAGUGGCUCUGACACAGACGGCCCGGCGGCGCCGGCCGUGUCGGCCGCACGGGCCGCCGCGCUGCGGCGCCUCGCAACGGAGCGGCUGGGGUCCGGUAGGGCUGCUUCUGCCACCGCCACCGCCACCGCCACUGCUACCGCCUCGGGUUCGACGGAGGGCGAGGCGGGGCAGGCGGCGAAGCGGGCACGUGUGGACUUGUCGGCAUUGGCCGCGAGCGCGCUGGGGCGAGCGGCGUCGGCGUCGGGGGCGGCCGCGGGCGGAAGCAGCAGGGGCGGGGGCGCUGGUGGCAGCACCGCGGGAGGCGGCGGCGGUAGUGGCGGAAACGGGGCGUCGCCGCGCCUAGUGCUGACCACGGUGCCGCCGUGUGAUCCCGCGCGGGGCUGCCGCGCUCGCAUGCCGCUGUACAGUGGCGCCAGCGCGCUUGGGGAAGGAGUGGCGGCGGCGGCAGCGGCGGGGCAGGGCUCGGCAUCGCCGACGGCGCCGGUGGCGGCGGGCCCGGCCUGGUGUGGGUUCGAGGUCAAGGUGCCGUCGCUGCACUGGCAGGCCGUGUUCGACGAGCCGCCCGGCUCGCUGGCUCGCUACCCGCUGGCUCGGGGCUACGAGAAGCUGGUGCUGCCGGAGGGGCUGGCGGCCUACUGCGUGGAGAGCGUCAAGCACGUGGAGGACGCACUGCUGCGGCUGCGGGCCAGCAUGACGGACCGCGUCAUUGCCAUCGACCUGGAGUGGCGGCCCGAGACAGUGGCAGGCCGCAGCUCGCCGGUGGCUCUGGUGCAGCUGGCCAGCGCCACCACCUGCGUGCUGCUGCGCGUCAGCGCCAUGGGGUACAUCCUGCCCGCCCCUGUGACCGCCUUCCUGUCUGACCCCUCGCUGGUCAUCCUGGGCUUCGGCUGGGACGGCGCGGACGAGGCCAAGAUGAAGAGCACCUUCGGGAUCGGCAAGGCGCGUUUCCGUCGCUUCAUUGACCUGCAGGAGGUGGCGAGGACCCUGGGCUACCACGGCUACGGCCUAGCGCGACUGACGCGGCAGGUCCUGGGUGUGCCGCUGCACAAGUCCAAGUCCGUCAGCCGCAGCAACUGGGCGGCGCCGCAGCUGACGGCUCACCAGCUCAAAUACGCCAGCCUGGACGUGCUGGCGGCGGGGCAGCUGUUCCGCGCGCUGCGGCUGUGGCACUCCUCGCCCUCGCCCUGCGCCGGCUGCCGCAACGCCAUCGGAGAGCCGGUGCAGCUGCGCGCCGCUGCUGGAUCCGGAUCCGGACCCGGGCCUGGAUCCGGAUCUGGAUCUGGAUCCAGCGACUCGCCCGCCGGCGACGGCGCGGGCGCGGGGCCCCUUGCGGCGCACGACUACGAGGAUUUGGAGUCGGGGUUGCCAGCAGGGCCGGCGGGGUCCGGCAGUGCCGCAGCGGCUGCAGCAGCAGCAACGGGUGCCGGGCGUGGCGCCUGUGGUGGCGUGGCGUCGGCGGGGUCGCUACUCAAGUGCAACGCCCCCGGGUGUCGCGCGCGUGGCGUGCCGUCUCUGCAGGCACACCUGAGCCACUGCGCCUCCACUGGCCAUCCGCCGCGCUACGGCGCCUGCGACUCCUGCGGCCGUACGUACGAGCUGGCGGCGGCGGCCGCCGCGGCGGCGGCGGCCGCGGCGGGAGGGGCCCACGGGCGGGGCAAGGCGGCGGCUCCGUUGACGACGGGCAAGCGGGGGCGCCAGGAAUUGGGUGAGGAGGACGACGACGAGUGAUUGCGCCGGCGGCGGAAACUGGCGGCGGAGACUGGCAGCGAGGCAGGGAGUGAUUGUGAUUUCGAGGGCGUGUGUGAGUGUGUGCGCAUUGAUGAAGUGGCACGUGAGCGGUAGAGGCCACGUCUCCCACCCGCAUUCUUCCAGCAGUAUGAUGUGAAUGGUUCCGCAGGUAGAGCACUUUAAGAGGAUCAGGGGGUGUGGUUGAUGGUGCAAGUGGAGCCUGGGCGGCUCAAUAGACGGUAGACUCCUGAGAUUAGUGAGGAAGCCAGGAAGGCGAGCAAUUGGAUCGCUUAGGUAGGUUCCCGCCUUGGCCGCGCAUGGUGCGGCAACCGUCACGGCAGAUGUUGUUACAACAGAUGUAGGCUGUGCGUUAGUAGGCGUGCGCGUUUUAUACUGGGAAGUUUGGCAAACGCUGCAGGUGUGGUUCGGGAUUGGGAUUGAGUAUAGGGGACCGAACAUAGCGUUGGGCAGACGUGCCGUGUGCGUUCGUCCGGAGAGGUGCGGAGGUGCCGUGAGUUAGCGUCGGGUGGUCCAGGCACUUCUUGUGGGCACGGCUUGCGCAUGUAAAGCAGGGAAGAGUGCACUUGUCUGCAUUCAGCGCGCAUUGCCGGCGAACAUCGGACCGACAACGGCGGAACGUCCCUGCAGGAGAGCUUUGAAGAUGUUCGCUGCGAUGCUUCCAUAGGGUUCGCUGCGAUGCUUCCAUAGUGCACGUUGUCGCCGCAUACCUAUACGUCGCCUCUAGGGCUCAACCCCUAGCCCGCGAGCCUUUGCUCGCGUGGGGGCGCACAACAUCUUAGUUGUCGACCUUGGCUUUCGUUUCCAAAUUUUUGUCGCCUGUUCCGGGCGCUUUUAUCAGAUUGGUUCAGACAGGGUUGGGGUUCAGACAGGCGCUCAGCGCCGAGCUUUGGGUUCGAAGUUCCAUGGCGGCCCGCGGGCGGCUGGUCGCAUGAGUUCUUCGGUGUUGUGUUGUCAGUGGUUUCUGUGUUUGCAGGUAGUGGGUAGCCCUCGUGGUCGCCCUUGGCCCGGCGCAACGGCUGGCGCAUCGGUGCCUCGCCUGUGUGCUCCUCGGCGCCUUUCCUCGUGGCGCCCAGUCAGCCGUCGUCUCUGUCUGCGGUCUUCCUGGCUCUGCAGAUUUUAGCCCUGGGGGUUUUAGCUCGCAGCAUACGGUUCACGGACCGGUAGGCGCGUGGUGACCGCAGUCGGGUAGUCCCGGGUUUGGUGUGUGUGUGCACGGGCGGCUGUUGCCCGGGCGCCCGGGCGACUGUUGGCUCUUCUCGUCUCCGAGUGCCGCUGGGGCUUGUGUGGAGGGUCGGUCUGGGUCGUUGGUUGGACGGAUGGUGGGUGGUGCGCCCUUUGCGAGGGGCUGUGGUGUGCUGUGGCUUGGUGGUGUUUCGGCUAGGCUUCCGGUUCCAGUUGUGCCUCGGCACAGACUAUCAGACAUGGGCCUUCGGGCCAAGACAUUGCGCGUCUCUGACGCCAGCCAUCGUCUUCGGACGUGAUAUUUGUGUGGUGCUUGCGUUUGAUGGGGCUGUCGGCAGACCACUGGCCUGUCGUGCCUUGUUUUGCGUUGGCGCUGCCGCCAAAAGACCUAAACGAGAUGAGGGGUGUUACGUGGCGGUGGGGCUUUGGCGGGCUUCGGCUUGGCUUCGACUCAUGCGCGUGAUGCUAUGAAGGUCGGCAGUCAACCAGGGGGUGGGUGUUUCUCUCUGGGCCGGAGACGGUCCCUCGCGGCGUGGGUACGGUGUACCCCCGCUUGUCGGACUGUCCCUUCAAUUGUAAUUCGCAUCCAUAGG